CUCUUUUUGCAAAUGGUAGGAGGAAAAAGAAGCCAUUGAGGUUCCUACGUGGUUGUUACAGACGCGCGGAAGUGAAAUCAUGAUGUUCUACCCAUCCCCGCCAAAAGUGCUUGGAGCUGUGGUGCUCGCACAGACCUUCUUUCUCUCCACAGCCGCCAGCGCUCAGGACGUUGGAAAUGGUGCUGGGAACACUGCUGCCAUUGACCUCACCACAUUAUCCCCCGCCGCAGCUGCUGUAGAUAACGCCCAACUCUUCCCCUCCGAGCGCCUCCAGCUCACCGAUGCCGUGCUCGCCAACCUAACAUCCCUCGGCGUCGAUACCUCCCUCUUCGCCUUCGGUACCCCCUCCGAUGCCAUUGCGCUUGACAAGCGCACAGGGGGGAAAUGUAAAGUCUUCCCAGGCGACAAGGCGUGGCCAUCGAAGCCGGUGUGGAAGUUACUUGAUCUCCUCUCCGGCGGGCAAUUGAUAGCUACCAUCCCCAGCGCGUCAUCUUGCUAUAAGGGAUGGGGUGAUGAGGAUGAGGCGGAGUGCGAGUAUGUGACUGACAAUUGGACGAACUCAUUUUUCCACAUGGAAGACCCGACCUCAGUAAUGUGGCCCCUCUGGCAGGGCCGCACCUGCCUCCCCUCUGCAACCCCCACGGAGCCCUGCACAUUAGGGGGAUACCCCAGCUACGCCCUCAACAUCACCACCAUCUCACAAAUCCAACUCGCCGUCAACUUCGCGCGCCUCACCAACAUCCGGCUAGUAAUCAAGAACACCGGCCACGAUUUCAACGGUCGUUCUGCCGGAGCUGGCGCGCUGGCGGUGUGGACGCAUCAUCUUAAGGAUAUUAAACUCCUCGAGUCGUACAAGACUCCCUCGUAUAAGGGGAGAGCGGUGAAGAUCGGAGCUGGGGUGCAGGCGUUUGAACUCUAUGAGGCGGGGAAGAAACUCGGAUUUACGGCUGUGGGAGGGGAGGGGAAGACGGUGGGGAUCGCGGGGGGCUACGUAGCAGGCGGCGGCCACUCCCCCCUCUCUAGCAUCUACGGGCUAGCAGCUGACCACGUCCUGGCCUUCGAGAUCGUCCUCGCAGACGGCCGAUUCGUGACCGCGAGCGAGACUUCCAACACCGAGCUUUUCUGGGCGCUUCGAGGCGGCGGGGGAGCAACAUACGGUGUCGUCACAUCGGUAGUCUUCAAAGUCUACCCCGUCAUGAAGGCGACUGCUGUGCAAUUCUCCUUCGCCAGCAACAGCACCGCUCCCGGUGGUGUGUCGGUGGAUGCGUUCUGGGCGGGGGCGAGGGCGUACUUUGAUUACUUCAUCCCCCACACCGAGGCGGGUGCUUACUCGUACUUCAGCAUUGUGGGGACGGCGCCGGGGGAGUAUUUGUUCAACAUGCUCCCCUUCUUCGCGCCUAAUAUGACGCAAGCUGAAACAGCUGGGCUUCUCGCGCCGUGGUUGGAUGAUCUGAAGGGGUUCGGGAUUGAGGUGGACCCGGUUUACUUCCCAGCUGACAACUUCCACGACGCAUGGGACGCUGGGUUCCCCCUCGAAGCAGUGGGUGGUUCAGCAGCCAAGACAGGCGGUCGUUUAUUCCCCCGCAAGAACUGGGAGGACGAAGCAACUCUCAACGCCACCUUCGACGCUAUCAAGUACCCUGUUGAGGAAGGGGGCAUGUUCCUCGGUUUCAACAUCGCCGCCCCCGGACUCGGACGACGUGGUAGCGCGUUGCCGGAUAACGCGGUGAACCCGGCGUGGAGAGAGACGGUGUUGCAUGCCAUCGCGGUUAUUUUCCUCCUCGAUCCGAGUCCGGAGGCGAUCGCAGUGCAGUCGGAGAGGUUGACGAUGGAUUGGUUGGGGAGGUGGAGGGAUGUGAGCCCGGGGGCGGGGGCGUAUGCUAGUGAGGCUGAUGUUACGGAGCCGGAUGUGCAGCAGUCAUUCUAUGGGGACUCGAAAUACCCGCGUCUGUAUGCGCUGAAGAAGAAGAUGGAUCCGUACGGACUGUUCUAUGCGCCUACGGCGGUGGGGAGCGAGGAUUGGUAUGUUACGGAUCAGAUUGAGUGGCUGCCGACGCAGAAUGGGAGGCUUUGCAGGGUCUAGAUGGUGCGUAUAUUGGGGUUUAGAUAUUUAAAAGUCUAAUCAGUAGAGG